AUAAGCUAUGGGCCUUGGAAAACUAGAUCUGAACACCAAAAACAUGUUGAGCAUGAUACAAAUAUUGGAUCAUCAAAACAAACCCUUUUUAACUAUAAGAAAUGUUUAAAGGUUGAUAUUCCUUUGUAUGAAUUUAGUGAACUAGGCAAAACAGAAGCUUCUUCAACAAAAAACUUGACAAAUUUGAUAGAAUUAUUAUAUUUAUAA